CGUGUAUAAAUCACUGCCCCAUUGAAACCAUGCGACUCUGCCCAAAAUUUGCCGGGAACCACCGCCACCAGUGAUGAAUCCCCCGAGCGAAUUUCCCGACGACUUCUCGUCUUUCCCUCCAAUUCCAUUUGCCCUCUUCGUCCCUCCUGAAAGCGUCAACCCCAACCCUAACCCUAACCCUAAUCCUAAUCCUAAUCCAACUCCAACUCCGACUCCGACUCCAACUCCAACUCCACCUCCACCUCCAACUCAAACCCCAACCGAAGAACCUAGCCCCGCUCAUCCACUCUCCUUCACAGUCCCAAAGAAGCCGAGGCGCGGCAGGCCACAUCGACCCGCGACGGCGUUUCACCUUCCUCAACUCCCCGUCGCCGCCGCCAAUACCAACGGUAACGCCCUCGCUUCUUCUGCUGCUGCUUCUACUAGCUCAAUUCCAAUUCCAGCUCAUUCGAUUAAACACAAUGCCGAAAACCCUAGCUCAAAACCGCCGCCGGACAUGUCCGACGAGAUCAUCGUCAUCAACAAGGAGUCCACGGCGGAGGCGCUGAUCGCGCUCUCGGCCGGAUUUCCGGCUGAUUCCCUCACAGAGGAGGAAAUCGAUUUCGGAGUGAUUAGAGUGAUUGGGGGAAUAGAGCAGGUGAACUACAUUCUCAUUAGAAACCAUAUCAUUGCGAAAUGGCGCGAAAAUGUGUCCAAUUGGGUUGCCAAGGAGAGUUUUGUGAACUCUAUACCCAAGCAUUGUCAUGGUCUUUUGAAUUCAACUUAUACUUAUCUAGUUUCGCAUGGAUACAUUAAUUUUGGGAUUGCGCCGGCUAUUAAGGAGAAGAUUCCGGCUGAGGCUAGUAAGCCUAGUGUGAUUAUUAUUGGUGCAGGGCUUGCUGGCCUUGCUGCGGCGGGACAGAUGAUGCGGUUCGGGUUUAAAGUGACUGUUUUGGAGGGUAGGAAGAGGGCCGGCGGGCGUGUGUAUACUAAGAAGAUGGAGGGAGGGAUUAGGGUGUGUCAGGCUGCGGCGGAUUUAGGCGGUAGUGUUUUGACUGGUACAUUGGGGAACCCACUCGGCAUUGUUGCGAGACAGUUGGGGUACUCGCUGCAUAAGAUUAGAGACAAGUGCCCACUUUAUAAUGUGGAGGGGAAGCCUGUGGAUCGUGAUAUGGAUAUGAAGGUGGAGAGUGUUUUUAACCAUCUUUUGGAUAAGGCGAGCAGGCUUAGGCAGUCGAUGGGUGGCGUUUCAGUUGAUGUGUCUCUUGGUUCGGCAUUGGAGACGUUCUGGCAGGUAUAUGGGAAUGCUGUGAAUGCUGAGGAGGUGAGCUUGUUCAAUUGGCAUCUUGCGAAUUUGGAGUACGCAAAUGCAGGCUUACUGUUGAAACUUUCGCUUGCGUUUUGGGACCAAGAUGAUCCGUAUGAUAUGGGAGGUGACCAUUGCUUCUUACCUGGUGGUAAUGGAAGGCUAGUGCAGGCCUUGGCAGAGAAUGUGCCGAUCCAAUAUGAGAAAACUGUUCACACCAUUAGGUAUGGUAGUGACGGAGUACAGAUUCUUGCUGGAAGCCAGGUUUUUGAGGGUGAUAUGGUUUUGUGCACUGUUCCACUAGGUGUUCUGAAGAGUGGUUCAAUCAAGUUUGUUCCAGAGCUACCUCAGCGAAAGCUUGAUGGAAUUAAGAGGCUGGGGUUUGGGUUGUUGAAUAAGGUUGCAAUGCUUUUUCCUCAUGUGUUUUGGGGCACAGAUCUUGAUACCUUCGGUCAUCUCUCAGAUGAUUCAUACCGUCGAGGAGAAUUUUUCCUGUUUUACAGCUAUGCAACAGUUUCUGGUGGUCCUCUUUUGCUUGCUUUAGUAGCUGGUGAAGCUGCACAUAAGUUUGAGAGCAUGCCCCCUACCGAUGCUGUGACUCGGGUUCUUCAGAUUCUCAAGGGUAUCUAUGAGCCACAAGGAAUUAGUGUCCCAGAGCCCAUCCAAACGGUCUGUACCAGAUGGGGAAGUGAUCCCUUUAGCCUUGGUUCUUACUCUAAUGUUGCAGUUGGGGCUUCAGGAGAUGAUUAUGAUAUCUUAGCAGAAAGUGUUGGAGAUGGGCGACUUUUCUUUGCCGGUGAGGCUACCAAUAGGAGAUAUCCUGCAACUAUGCAUGGAGCCUUCCUUAGUGGCCUCAGAGAAGCUGCAAACAUGGCUCACUAUGCUAAUGCUAGAGCUCUGAGGAUGAAGGUUUACAGGAACCCAUCAAAGAAUGCUCAUUCUUGUGCUUCCCUGCUUGCAGAUUUUUUCAGAGAACCUGAUUUAGAAUUUGGAAGUUUUUCUGUUAUUUUUGGUCGAAGAAAUGCUGAUCCCAAAUCGACAGCAAUUUUAAGGGUCACAUUUAAUGACCUGCAAAAGAAGAGUUAUGAAGGAUCAAGACCUGAUCAACAACACUCAAAUAAGUUACUCUUUCAGCAGCUUCAGUCGCAUUUUAAUCAGCAGCAGCAGCUUCAUGUUUACACUUUGCUAUCUAGGCAACAGGCUCUUGAGCUUCGAGAAGUACGGGGUGGUGAUGAGAUGAGGUUGAAUUACCUCUGUGAAAAGCUUGGGGUGAAGCUUGUGGGGAGGAAGGGUUUGGGGCCUUCAGCUGAUUCUGUAAUUGCCUUAAUAAAAGCUGAGAGGGGCAAUCGUAAACCAGCUGCAACUAUGUCAUCUUUGAAGUCUGGGACAUCGAAGCUGAAACCUGGCACUUUAAAACGGAAAAUGGUCAGAAGGGCUAAGAUACUCUGCAGCAUUAAUGCAUCUCCGCUAUCUGCUAAUUCAAACUUGGCUAUUGGUAAAAUCCCCCCAGCAUCUCCUCUUUCUGGUAAUUCAAACUUGGCUAUUGGUAAAAUCCCCCAAGAGGACAACAAGAACAAUGUUCAAGCAGUCUCUAACACACUUGAUUCAGGCCAAGACCAAACUGACAUGUUGAUGUCAUGAUUUGAUGCCUGCUGGGAGCAACAUCAUUUUUUUUUUCAGCAAUGAGGUCUAUUCUAGGCUAGUUGAGCCCAAUGGAGUCAUUCAUUUUAUGUCGAAUUGAUUGGACUGUUCCUCUUGACCUUUGCCUCUGUACAAACUGCCAGUAUGAAUGUUCCUCCGAGCCACACCUCCCUCCACCAGUUUUGAAGAAAUUUGUCCGACUUGUUGGUUUCUAGUUUCUACUUUGGCCCGGAUAUAUUUAGCUUUCGACCAUCUAUUGAAGUAUUUUAAGCAUACAAAACUGUGUUCCCUGCCAUCUUACAAGAUCCCAUCAUCAAACAAAAAGGAGAUGGUGAUCCCGGGAGACUUUUUUGGCUAGGAUGAGAACAAAUUCAGAUGAAAUUCGUGAACAUACAGUACAUACUUUCCUGACACUGUUGCCAAGUGAAUGGCAGAAGUUGGUGCUGCCCAUUGCCGAGUAGUCUUUCAAUUCCCGAGACCCAAUUUCGACUGAUAGAAUGAUAGUGUAGUUGUGUAGCUGUGAUCCUUCCAUUACGUGGCAGUAUUUGCUGAUUGUAAAUUAAUCUUUUACGACCAAAGUAAUUAUUAGAGAGAUUAACAUGACUGAUUUUUCUUUAUUAUUA